GUGGACUGACGGCCAAGACCAUGUUUGUCAGAGACAGUAGAAGCAGGGCGGACGGCAUUGCAAAUUAUGUUUGCAAUGUUUGAUACCAACUAAAUAGUGCCAAUAUUACCGAUAUCAAUCAUUUUUACUAGGGAUGUCUGAUAAUGUUGACCGACUGAUGAAAUCGGCCGUUGUAGGCAUUAAAGAUGAGAUGUUGGUGUCUGUUUUUCUGCCGCUAUCGGCGCAAGUGAGACCACAUCAAUCUGCACACAGCUCGCUAGCUCAGUACGUCCGUGGUGUGGAAUUAUUGAUUUAUUUUUGUAAAUAUGCAAUUUGCCGUGAGUGUAAAGCGGGGGAGAUCUUCCUUAAAUACCUUUUAAUCUGAUAUCACAUCUCAGGAAGAAUCACACGGAAUGCAAAUCAUGAUGAGAGGCGGCCAGCGUGACUUCAGUCCACGCUCCUCUUUGACGUUGCCAUUCAUCUCAAAGGGAUUCCCCGAAUUUCCUGCCGGCUGUUGGUCUUCAGGGCCUCAGUGGUCUGUGGGUUGUUGCAGUACCCUCUCUCCUUCAGGCAGCCUCACAGAAUGUGUGGCAAUGUCGUCACAAACUUCAAUAUUUGUACGCCGGCGCACAUCCCCUUCCUGAUGCAGAACUCCAUGAAAUGAAUAAAGCACCACAGCCUGGAACAGGACCCCCCUCUACCCCUCACCCCGCCCCCUCCCCUGGCCUUUCACAGUCCUCAUUCCCCCCUGGGCAGCCCCCUUCUAUUGUGUUUGCCACCCCACCGGCCCCACAAAUGAACCCAACGCCUCAGCCCAGACAGUUUGCCUCAGGGCCCAGGCCUGUACAUCAACAGGGGAACUUCAGAUCACUACAGCCCUACUACACCAAUAGAGCAAGUCUGCCUCCGAGUAGUGGGCCUCGUGGCGUUCCACCAAACAGUGCUCCUCGGCCUGUGACUCCCACCCAUGUCUACCAGCCGGGCCCUGGUUCCCAAAUGAUGAUGAUCCCAGGACAACAGUUGCCCUUCCCCAGCUCACCACAGGGAGCAGCCUAUUUUAUACCAGGACAGUAUCGCUCGCCGACCUACGUGGCCACACCCCAGCAAUACCCUGUACCAGCUGGCACUCCAGGUUUCUACCCAGGCACCAGCCCUGCGGAGUACAGUAGUUAUGCGGGGGCCUACUAUCCAGCCCAGCCCCAGUUUACCCCUCCAGUGCAGGCAGCACCCGUCAUCAUGAACCCGGCCCCUCAACAGCAGCAACCACCACCUCAACCUCCCCAGCACAUCCACACCAAACGGGAACGUAAACAGAUCACAAUAAGAGACCCAAACCAAGGUGGUCGAGACAUUACAGAGGAGAUUAUGUCAGGGGGCCGCAGUGGGUCUACCCCAACCCCACCGCAGACUGCCAUAUCUGGAUCAGACAGUACAGGAGUGUCCGCGGCUAAUGCUGAGUGUGUCCCAGCUGCUAUUGUGCCAGCACCGCUUAGAGCAGAUGACACAGAAAAUCCUUUGCUGCCUCAUCUGUCUCAGCCCCCUGAUACCAUUAAGAAUGACCCCCACCCAACAGAGGCCACCUCCUCUGACAUGAACAUUAGGCCCAAUGCAUCACCUCUAAUAUCAGAAGCCACAGGAACUUCUCGCAACUCUCUUUCUACCCCCGUGCCCAGUGUUCCCAUUGUAGACGUAAUGGACACCCCCAAACUUUCCAGAGAAUUAACUCCUGAGCCCCAAACUGCGCCCGAGGUGCCUGCAUACCCUGCACCCAUUCCUGAUCCUGUGCCUACCUCUAGUGGACAGGAAAAUCUUGAAAGGACAGUAACAAGGCUCGAGGAGGAGGUGGUAAAAGAGGAGGAGAUUCAACCAGAGGAUGUUUCUUCUUCUUCUUCUUUUAUGGACAAAUCCUACACUCCUUCCGUCACCUCAAACGGAAUGGCUGUGGAUGAGCCAGAGAGGCCUUUGGCCACAUUACCAUCUAGUUGCCUGGAGGCUCCUCUGGAGUCUCCCAUUGCUCAGCCUGAGGAGCUCCGCCUCCCCAAUGGUUUGCCACUUCCAGUCCCCCAAGACCCGGAGGCCCCGGCUACUAGCACAGACGAACGUGAUGCCAGCCCCAUCGCUGAGCCUGACGUUUGUCUGCAGCCUGACCUAAAAAUCUCCGAAGCCAUCACUAAGGCAGUGCCUACAUCAGUUGUCAAAACAGCUACAGCGCUUGUUGAUGAGUCGGCAUCUGGCGUCACUCCGGUUCCCGCUGAAGCAAUUACCCAGGCAGGACCUUCCCAGCCUGAGAGCCAUGAAACUGUUCAUCCUGUUUCCCUCGACACCAAGAAGGAUACCCCAAUGCCUGAGUCCAACGCCAAAGGAGAAUCAUCUCCAGGCCCAGUCGAUGACCAGACACCAGAGACGGUGAUCAGUCCUCCCCAGAUCGUACCCCCUGCCCUCGUAGAAACUGCUAUGCAAGCUGCUGUGUCUGUGCCAAAGAAAAAGAGGAAAAUGAAGGAUUUGAACAAAAAGGAAGCAGUGGGAGAUCUAUUAGAUGCAUUUAAAGAGGAGAAGGUCGUUGUUCCACCAGAGCCUGAGAUUGUCACAGCACCAUCAGCCGAAACCCAACUUCCUGCUCCUCCUCCAGCAUUAGAGGAUGCAGACUUGACCUGGGAGGACAAGGAGGACAAGCUGGAUGCCGAGAACAUUCAGCCAGAUGAGCCUGAGCAGACUGCAGCCAGCAAGAAGUAUCAGUAUAAAGAGGAACAAUGGCAGCCAAUCAAUCCAGAAGAGAAGAAGAAGUAUGACAGAGAGUUUCUGCUGGGUUUCCAGUUCACCUUGGCCAGCAUGAACAAGCCAGAGGGUCUUCCUGCCAUCAGUGAUGUCGUCCUAGACAAGGCUAAUAAGACUCCUCUGCGCCAGCUUGACCCCAGUCGGCUACCUGGGAUGAACUGUGGUCCGGAUUUCACACCUUCCUUUGCCAACCUUGGCAGGCCUGGUAUGGGUGUAGGAAGUAGAGGACCACCUCCGGGUAUGGGCAUGGGCAUGGGUGGCCCACGUCGCUCUCAACAGAUGCAAAGGAAAGAGCCAAGGAAAAUCAUUACCAGCAUGUCGCUCAGUGACGACGUGAAGCUGAACAAGGCAGAGAAGGCAUGGAAGCCUUCAGUGAAAAAAGCUAUAUGUAGUCGCACAGCAGAUGAGACUGAGGACACCGAUCCGGACCAACUCAAGACGCAGGAAUUGUUUAAAAGCGUCCGCAGCAUUCUCAACAAACUGACCCCUCAAAAGUUUCAACAGCUGAUGAAACAAGUGACAGAACUUAAGAUUGACACUGAGGAGAGGUUGAAAGGUGUCAUUGACCUCACCUUCGAAAAGGCCAUCUCUGAACCAGACUUUUCAGUGGCCUAUGCCAGUAUGUGCCGCUGUGUUAUGGGGCUGAAAGUCCAAGCUACAGAUAAGCCGGGAGACACUGUGAAUUUCAGGAAGCUGCUACUGAAUCGAUGCCAGAAGGAGUUUGAGAAGGAUAAAGAUGACAAUGAGAUUUUUGAGAAGAAGCAAAAAGAGCUGGAGGCCGCCACAGAGGAUGAGAAGAAGCAGCGGUUAACGGAAGAGCUCGAAGAGGCGAAAUACAAGGCUAGGAAGCGCUCACUCGGGAAUAUUAAAUUCAUCGGUGAGCUUUUUAAGUUUAAGAUGCUCACAGAGGUCAUCAUGCACGACUGCAUUGUAAAGCUACUCAAAAACCACGACGAGGAGUCCCUAGAGUGCCUGUGCAGACUGUUGUCCACCAUCGGCAAGGACUUAGACUUUGAGAAGGCCAAGCCUCGAAUGGACCAGUACUUCAAUCAGAUGGAGAAAAUAAUAAAGGAAAGGAAGACCACCUCCAGGAUCCGCUUCAUGUUACAAGAUGUGGUGGACCUUCGAGAGAAUAACUGGGUGCCCAGACGAGGCGACCAAGGCCCUAAGACCAUUGACCAGAUCCACAAAGAAGCUGAGCUGGAAGAGCACAGAGAGCAGAUGAAAGUGCAUCAAGCCCUCAUCUCCAAGAAGGAGUCUGUUGGUGGUCCAGGAAGCAGGAUGGGUGGACCAGGAUCAGGGAGUCGUGGGGGACCUCACACUCCUAGUCGUGGUGUUUCGCCGCAAGAUGACAGCUGGAGCACAGUCACCAUCUGCAAGAACCGACCUUAUGACGGCUCACGCCUUAGUAAAAUCACAAAGACAUCGCCGUUUGAUGCCCACAAUCAGUGUCUUGCCCCGGGAGGCAAAGGCACUUUGAGCUGGGGUAGGGGCAGCAGCGGUGGUAGCAGCACCAAGCCUACUGAUUCUGGUCCAGAAUCAGGUGGCCGUCCAGCUACCAGCACUCUCAACAGGUACUCAGCUCUGCAGCAGUCCGCGUCAGGCCCUUCACUGGAGUCGGACCGGCGUGUACCUCAGAGAAACAGUUCGAGUCGAGAGCGAGGCGAGCAAUUUGAUCGCUCCGAUCACGGUCUUGAAAGACGUGAUGACCGGGAUCGACACCGAAUACAGGUUGCUGCUACACGCAGCUUCAGUCGGGAAAAUGAGCGGAGUCGGGAGAGGGAUCAACGUGGGACAGCAGAUCCAGUCCGCAGAGUAGCUAACAGGACAGAUGACAGAGAUCAGGGCAGAGAGAACGUGAGGAGGGAAACAACUUCCACACCUCCACCUCCCCAGACCCCCACCAAGCCUUUGUUGACUGUGGAAGAGCUAACCAAGAAAUCCAAAGCCAUCAUCGAAGAAUACCUUCAUAACAUUGACAUCAAGGAGCCUUUACAAUGUGUGCAGGAGAUCAACUGUCCUCAUCUGCUGUCUGUGUUUGUACAAUGUGGGCUGGAGUUGACGCUGGAGCGUAGCAACUUGGCCAGAGAGAACAUGGGCCGGCUGCUGCAGCAGCUCAUCAAGGCAGGCAUCCUUCCGGUACAGCAGUUCUACAAAGGGCUUCAUGAAAUCCUGGAGAUAGCUGAUGAAAUGGCAAUAGAUAUCCCUCACAUCUGGCUCUACCUGUCAGAACUGAUAGCCCCCAUGCUCCACGAGGGAGGGAUCCCCAUGGGAUACCUUUUCAAGGAGAUUUCAAAGCCGUUGACCUCCCUGGGCAAAGCCGGAGACCUGCUGGCCCUCAUCCUCAAUUUACUCUGCAAAGGAAUGAGCCAUAAGAAGGUGGGCACAAUGUGGAGGGAGGCGGAACUCCAAUGGAAAGACUUCCUCCCUGAAGAUGUAGACGUCAACAAGUUUGUGACAGAAAAGAAUGUGGCGUUCACACUGAGCGAAGAGCCUGAGAAAAGCAAGAAGAAGGAAAUGAGUUCUGCAGAGCUAACCAACCAUCUUGACAGACUGAUCCAGGAUAAGGCUGACAACCAGAGAAUGCUUGACUGGAUUGAAGCCAAUCUGGAUGAGCAGCAGACUGCCUCCCACAUGUUUAUCAGAGCCUUGAUGACCUGCAUCUGCCAGUCAGCAAUCAUCUGUGAGAAUCCCUACAAGGUGAAUGAUGAGGUGAUCAGUCAGAGGGCCAAGUUGCUGCAGAAAUUCCUAAAUGAUGAGCAGAAGGAGCUACAGGCUCUCUAUGCCCUGCAGGCUCUCAUGGUGCACAUGGAGCAACCAGCCAAUCUGCUGCGAAUGUUCUUCGACACGCUUUACGACGAGGAAGUCAUCAGAGACGAGGCCUUCUACAAGUGGGAGUCGAGCAAGGACCCCGCCGAGCAGCAGGGCAAGGGCGUGGCCCUCAAGUCUGUCAAAGGCUUCUUCACUUGGCUGCACCAGGAGGACGAAUCCGAUAACGUUUAAGCACUUGGACUGGUCGAACAUCGAUGAGCAUCCGUGGGGGAGAGAGGACGUUACGUGGAGGAUUCAGACGAGCCUGAAUCGGCAAAAUCCUUCUGCAUAAACAGAAAAAAAAGCAAUAAAAAAUUCUUCAAGUGGGAGAGAUUGUAUAAUGGAUCGAGCGCUCGAUCACGCCAUUUCUUUUUUGGCUCUUUUUUUCCUGCAACUGAAUGUGCUAAUUCCAAUGCAAUGGCAGGAUUAGAAGAAGGAGUAGGAGGAGACGCCAUUUUUGAAGUUUAACACAGCUUUCCUUCCCUCAGCAAACUAUGCUGAAUGUAUGAAAUGCUAGAAGCUCUUCACAGAUACAGUAUAUCUAUUUUUGAUGAAUUCAUCCUUUUAUCGUGACGCCUUGCCUUUGGUGUGUGAUUACACGUGGGCGCUUAGCUUUUUCAUGAUCAUUUGUUCCCGUACUGAAUGAUUGGAGUGCGUGUUUUAUACAAGACAGGAAGAAAAACCACACAGAAAGUUGACUAAAGGACGUUUGAGAAAGGGACAGUUGUGGACUCCUGAGGACUUCUCAAAGACUGCCAGUGAGGAGGGCAACUACAAACUUUGACCGUUUUGCUGCUGGGGGGGCCGACAACGCUUCCUUUCACCUCCCCUCCACCUGCCCCCACAACCCCCCAACCCCCAACCCCACCCUACUUGACCUACGCCGGCUGUGUGUUGCUUGUUUGCUGCACUACACAACCUGAAGAGCGCAGGAACGAGGACGCAUUUGUGCACCUUGCUACAUAGCUUGUUGGAUUUUUAGAUGGAUAUUCUUGAAAACGCUAUAAAGUUGAAAAUCCACCUUAUAAAAAGAACACUUAAAAAGUUUAACAGUACGAAUCCUAUGGCC